GCAGCCGGUGGAGGACCGUCGCUCCCGUUCUCUCUCUGCUGGAAGGAGUUUGACAAGCAAGUGGGCUACACCGAUUUAUAACCUUCACUGUCAGAGACCAACACUGUUUGCUUUAUUUGUAAAUGUAAUUGUUUGGCGCCUGGGAGGAAGCGGACAGCUGUUUGUACGUUAACGGUCGUCCAGAAGGAAAACGGGAGCGACGGUUUGAACAUCAUGGUUUAGCUAAGUCCCAGCCCGGGACGACGGCGUCUUCUGCUCUCCUUCGCGCUGGUUCCACAGGGCGGGCGCAGACCCAAUUAUGCUCCAGGCGUUUCUGAGGCACGUCCGCCGCUUCCCGUGGGUCACGAACGUCACGCUGUACGGCUGCCUGUUCGCCGGCGGGGACCUGGUCCACCAGUGGUUCACCGCCGGGGACCAGACCGACUGGAGACAGACGCGCAACGUCGCCGUGGUGGCGUUCAGCUUUCACGGGAAUUUCAAUUUCUUCUGGAUGCGCUUUCUGGAGCGCAGGUUUCCCGGAAACUCCGCCGGGAUGGUCAUGAAGAAGCUGUUCUUGGACCAGACGACGGCGGCGCCCCUGGCCACCAGCGUCUUCUACACGGGUCACUCCGAUGUGUCCAUGGCCGAGAGCACCAUGUCUCCGGAGGAGAUCGAGGUGGAGAUGGCUCGCAUCCAGCGCCUGCGGGAGGUCCUGGUGCGCAGGGAGUCGGAGCUGCGCUUCAUGAUGGAUGACAUUCAGCUCUGCAAAGACAUCAUGAGCCUAAAGCAGGAGCUGAGACAGAUUGUUUCAGUACCAGAUAAAGAAAAGAACAAGAAACACAAGCAGCGGGAGGAGGAGCUGAUCCUAAAGAUCCAUAAACUGGUGCAGAAAAGGGAUUUCCUGGUGGACGACGCCGAGGUGGAGAGAUUAAGGGAGAAGGAGGAGGACAAGGAGAUGGCCGAGUUCCUCCGGCUGAAGCUCCGGCCCCUGGAGCAGAAACUCAAGGCCCCGGCGAAUCCUCAAAAGCCCAAGCGACAGACCCCAGAGCCGCCUCCCAACAAACCCUUCAUCGCCAGGUCAGGGGCGGCCAUCAUCAAGGACUGCUGCGGAGUCGCCCAGUGCGCCGUAAUGUAACCGACCUCCUCAUCGACGGUCGCUUCUCUCAUGCCACACGACCCAGUCACUUCCUGUUUCUCGGAGAACCACAGACAGCGGCACUCGCCCUUGAGCCCCUUCAGGAAUCAGACCCACUUCCCAGCUGCAGGCGCCGGGGAACUGAUCCCUGAUCAGGGUUCAAGGUGGGGUGUUUCACAGUGGGAGCGCGUCUACCAGGACUGUACAUGAACUAAGCAGGGCUGUAAAUAGAGUCUGAUGGUUGUAUGGUUGAUGUAUUUAUGCAGAGGCAGGUCAGGUCCUUCCUGUAUGUCGCAUUCCUUUUAAGGCGAGGAUGCGUCCGACUGGACGAAUAAGGCCCAAAAGCACAAUACCCAUUGCAUCAGUAAUUAGCCGGGUUCUCUGACAUGAACAUAAAGCCUCUCACUGUCAUUUAGGAAAACACUUCUCAUUCAUAAAGCUGCUAUUAUUUAUCCCAGUUUGUGAGUCCAAGUUGUUUGAUCCAUUAAUUGGUUCAUCUUUUAAAGGUGGGGCUGCAGUGGAUACUUUUGGACAUCCAAGUGUUGGGUAAAAAUGGAUGGAAAUAAUUAGUCUCAUGCUGAUUUAAAACACGUUCACCACCGCAAAUGCUGCUGCAAACGGUGGAUCCAAUCAGACUUGAUUUCAGUCAUUUUGAUGAACUUCCAAAGGCACAAGGGCAAAGGUUCUCCAGGCACGCCGAGAUCAGGCAGUCGUAAACAUUCGUUUGGAUUUUGUUACCUAGAGAUUAUUAGUCAUUUCUCUCGUCUUGAUGUUGGAAAUCUUAUUUUCUAACAACACAUGUUUUCCUCUCUGAUUUUCAUGAGACAGUGGAGCCUGUUUUCUAUUGACAUCUUUCAAACCUCCUUGCCAUAGUGUUGCGUUUAUCGUGCACGCUUUAGUCCUUUCCCUGGUUUAUCAGGUCUGCAUCUACAGACCUGCUGCAGGUUCUAAAAAUAGUAGAGUGCCCCAGACCACCAGGGUUCACUGUAUGGUGCUAGGUUUAGGUCAGAUAUAGCAGCACGCACCUUUAAAAAGUUUUUAUCUUUUCUCAAUAGUCUUGGCCAUCCUGGGUGCCAUUGGAGAGUUUUUGGUUGUGCAGGUUUUCUUGUUUUCUCCUUUUGUGGAUAACGGCUCUCAACCGGGUCCCAAAGUCUUAGAAAUGGCUCCAUAAUCCUUACCAGACAGAUGUCUGCUUGACUGUUAGGAUAAAAAAAAAAAUCCUAACAAUCUGGCAUAGAUCAGGUAACGCACACCUUUGAUUUCUGAUAAACCUGUUUGGUGUCUGGUCAAAGAGGAGAAUCCACUGAAAUGACAACCAGGCUGAUGAGGCUCUCUGGGGUUUUACUUUAAAACAGAGAGGAAAAAACAAAACAAAAAAAACAACAGGUGGAGAUUUCUGGCUGACAUGAAGUCUGAUGUCACUUUUGUUCUUUGACGUUACUCCAAAUCAUAGUUCAACGCUUGUAAUCAUUGGUCAUGCUUCGUCGCUCUGCAGGGUCGUCUAGACGCCAUCAACAACCUGGACAUAACAGACAGUACUACCUGACUUGUGGUGAUCAUGAACCGUCAAAACAAAUUGCAUCCUUCAAAUUUAAUCUUGCAUUUCUAUGACAAAACACCAGGAAAGGGAUGAAGCCCUUUUAAAUGCCUCUAAUAAACUGUGUGUGCUUGAGUGUAUUUAGGAUUUUAGUGACUCGCGUCAAGAAAACUGUUGAUCUCUUAUCACUUCUUUCUUCUGAUAACUUGGCGUCCUGUAAGUGUAGUGACUUUAUAAAAGUUCUUCUGUUAAACAAAAAAAAAAAGAGAAAGAAAUCAAACAAAUAUGUAGAAAAUGAGCUGAAAACACUUGUAAAUAUGUUUCAAUAAAGAGCAUCUUUCAAGAACAAACCGUGUCAUGUUUGCCCUCUGCAACUACAGGAACCUACAAUGAAAAUGCUAUUAAAAUGUC